AUGGAACGCAGAGUAACUCGAUCGGCCGCCAGGCUUGCUGCCGGCAGUGCUGCCAGUGUGUCAGAGUCCACCUCGCCGCCUAAUCCUGCCCCUCAAACCCGGAAACGAAAGGCUCCUUCCCGCCGUGAGGUAGCUCGGGCUGACCCUGAGGUCCCUCCGUCACCGCAGCCCGCAUCGCGCUCCAAACGCCAGAAGUUGACUCCUGCUCGUCAGCCUGCCUCUCGGCACAGUGCUCGACAGUCUGCAGCCAUGUCUCAGCCUAGAUCCCCCGGAGGGUCUGAAGAGAGACCAAAGUCCGUCGCCGCUUCGUCUUCAUCCUCGAAGAACCGCACUAGUCGAAAUAGAAAGACCACAAGAGACUCAUCCCAACACGUUUCUCCACCCCGUCGACAGAAAAAGAGAGGUAAACGAGAUACUGAUGUCGACAUGAAAGAUGGAGCCGAGGAACGUAAGGAGAAGGCGAAUGAGAAAGAUGAUGAAGAAACCUCUCCAACCAGCGAUAGCCAUGAAGAAGCCAACCAGAUGGAUACCGCCGAGGAUGAUGAACAUGAAUCGUUUCGUAACGGCAUCUUUGGAUCAGGGGGCCAUUUUGGCCUACAAAGUACGCUGCGUGCUCUCAGCGGCAUGAUGUCUGGCAUGUCUUCUCGACUCCGGGAUAUCCUGUCGAAUUUGAAGACAAAUGAAGAUCCUUCCGUCCAGUUAAUUGCAUUGCAGGAACUGUCAGACCUUCUUUUAGUUUCGAACGAGGACAAUCUUGCUGGCCACUUCUCCCCAGAUCCUUAUGUGCACGAGUUAGUAAAUCUGAUGCAGCCGAAUGACUUCGGAGAAGAAAACCCCGAAAUAAUGCUGUUAGCUUGCCGAUGUCUGGCGAACAUGAUGGAAGCUAUUCGAGGCUCCGCCGGCAGCGUUGUCCAGGGGGGCGCCGUGCCCAUUCUCUGUCAAAAGCUGCUGGAUAUCCAAUUCAUUGACCUGGCUGAGCAAGCUCUAAGUACUCUGGCAAAGAUAUCUGUGGACUUCCCUGCAUCGAUUGUGCGGGAAGGAGGUCUCACAGCCUGUCUCACAUAUCUUGAUUUUUUCCCCACCAGCACACAACGUACCGCCGUCACAACAGCUGCGAAUUGCUGCCGUAACGUACCGCAAGACUCGUUUCCUGUUGUGAAAGAUGUCAUGCCCAUACUACUAAAUGUGCUCUCCAGUAGCGACCAAAAGGUUGUUGAGCAGGGCUGCCUGUGCGUUUGCCGCGUGGUAGAAAGCUUCCGAUACAAGCCAGAGCAGUUAGAAGAAUUAAUUGAACCGGACCUUCUAAGGGCUGUCCUUCGAUUACUCCUACCAGGUACCACAAACUUGAUCGGUCCACACAUUCACACAUAUUUCCUCCGCAUCCUAGGAAUAAUAUGCAAAUCAAGCCCGCGCUUGUCUGUCGAGCUCCUGAAAAUGAAUAUAGUAGAUACUUUGUAUCAAAUCCUCACAGGAGUUUCACCACCUUCGGACGAAAGCAUUGGCCCGGCCAAGUCUGAUACCGUGCACAUUAUGCAGGCCUUGAUCCAUCGGCCCCGCGAGCAAGUUUACGAAACCCUCAAUAUUGUCUAUGAGCUCCUCCCUGCUGCAUCAAAAGGAUCAGUUGUUCUUUUAGAUGAUCAGCUGCGUUUCACGCUUGGUGGUGGCCCCCUACCACUCUCGGCCACCCCCAAAAUCAAAGCCAUGGGUGAGAAGCGAUUGGAGUUAUUGAAAAAAUGCCAGCCAGAAAUCAAACGGUUUGCCACGAUUCUCUUGCCGACCCUUACGGAUGUCUAUUCUAGUACUGUGAACCUGAGGGUAAGGCAAAAGGUACUGUUGGCACAACUAAAGAUGGUCCAAGCCCUUGAUGUCAACAUCAUAGAAGAAGCAUUGCGCUCUGUACCGUAUGCGUCUUUCUUGGCAGGUAUAUUAUCCCAAAAGGAUCACAUAUCUCUCGUAGCACUUGCUUUGCAGUGUGCAGAACUGUUAUAUGAACGACUGAGAGAUAUUUACCAAUAUCAAUUCCAUCGAGAAGGGGUCAUAAACGAAAUCAAAAUAUUAGCUACCGCGUCAGUGCUGGGUAAAGAUGAUAAAUCGGCAGAGGAGAAGACUGGUUCGGUUCUCGGAUCAAAACAUCAUAUUUCUCACGAUGAUGGCGUGAACCACGGACACGAUAAUGACAGUGGGAAUGAACAUGAUAUUCAAGAUGACAUCCACGAUCAUGAGGAUGAGAGUAAUGAUGAGGAUGAUUUUAAUGGGGACUAUCCUGACGAUCCAGAGCACCAUGAUGAACAUGAACAUGAACAUGAUGACGCUUCAGACAGCGAAGCAUCCUCGAUUGUUCACCCUCCUGCUCAAUCUCUUGACCACACUCUCCAAGACCUUAUAACAAGCGGUGCCAAACAUUUCCUUGAACUCUACGAAGAGAGCAAGACUGCUGGCAUGCAUGAAAAGGCGGAAGUCGUACUAGCAACCCUCCGUGGCCUCACUAAGAAAAUAGAGGAUUGCUACAAAGCUCCCGUUGUGGGAAACAGAGGCUUUAAGCUCUUUUCCGAGCUUGCAGCCUAUUUUGAUCAAGAUGCCUUUGACAGCAUCACAAGCUAUGAACUAUUGAAUUCUGGUAUCAUUCGUGUGCUUGUUGAUGUCAUUGAGGACUCAAAAGGUCAAGCUGGUGCAGACUUCUUGAAGGCAUUCAAGUGCUCACAGUCGCCUUUAAAGCACAUCUCUGAGCGCAAAUCUGCAUUCGGUGCCUUUAUCCACCAACUUCAAGACCUCCUUAGUCGUACCGAGAAUUUUGAGGUUGUUACUGUCCACCAUAAUGCCUUUGAUAGCAGAAGUACCCUAUCCAUGCUGUCAAAGCAAAUCCGGCUCCGGUUGGUAGCUGAGGAGGGUUCAAAUAUACCCAAGCCGUAUAAGAAUAUGAUGGUUUCUAUCCAUGCCAUUGCCAAUUUCAAGACUCUGGAUGACUACCUUCGCCCAAGAAUAAGUCUCUCUGAGCGGCCGCGACAUUCUCGGCAUCGCGACCCAACCUUCCCACAUCUCCCUAGUGGUACAAACCCGCAGGAUCCGGAAUCAGCUAGCCGGGGAAGUGAUACCGGAUCCCCCCACUUGUCCGACUUCCCAUCAUAUCGGUUGCCAACUGGGCGAGACAGCUCAAACGGAACCAGUUCCAGGGGAACAAACAAAGGAAGAUCAGCUCGCCCCUCAACACUCCAGGGUUCAGGUAAUGGAGAACGUGAAGGAGUGGGACGUAGGCGCUCAGCUCGGCACCAGCCUCCACCGCCGCCCAUGGAAAGUGAUGACACUGAUGGGCCAUUAGAGUGCGCUGAUGAACCAAACGGUAGUGAUGACGAAGAAGAUGACGAAGAAGGUGAUACCCUCGACACCAUUGUGGAUGACAUUGAUGACGAUCUAUCGGAAGAUGACGUUCCUGACCCCUCAGCCGUCAAUAUGGAGGUUGCGUCUACAGGCAAGGUGACUGCGAGAAAGGAGGACGGCACAAGAGUUUCUACUCCUUCCCAGUCCACCCCUGUAGCCAAGUCAUCGACAGCAUCCCUCGCAAGGUCGAGCCCCCAAUCAUUUGGCCGGUCUCUUUCCAUGGCUGGCAGGUCCUUCACAUCAUAUGCCGCUGCAAUGCUAGCCAUGCCUCAAGACUGGCAUAUCGAAUUCGUUGUGAAUGGGAAACCCAUAACAAAUGACACUACCAUCUACCGUGCAGUCCAGUGCAAUCGAGCCAGUGAUAACAACUCGCCUGCUAGAAAUGUCUGGUCGACUGUCCACACUAUCUAUUUCAGGCGAGCUCAGGGGCCACCGCCGCCCGAGCCAACAACACUUACUCCUGCCUCCUCGAACGUGUCUGCCAUGGUGGACGACGUUGACAUGCCAGAGUCCCUCAAUAACGUUCCAACAACAGCAUCGAUUCUUCGACUCCUUCGAGCUUUGCACAAUCUAAAUUCUCAGUCAGAUGAUGAGUUGGCAAACGACAGCGGAGUGAUUGGAAUUGCACCAGAACCUCCGUCGCAGUUUAUCAACACGAAACUGACCGCAAAACUUAAUCGGCAGCUUGAAGAACCUUUGAUAGUGGCAAGCAGCUGUUUGCCUAGCUGGAGUGAAGACCUCGGUCGUCAUUUUGCCUUCCUCUUCCCAUUUGAAACGCGACAUCUCUUCUUACAGUCUACGUCUUUUGGCUACGCUAGGUCCAUGGUUCGCUGGCAAGGUGCUCAGUCAAAUGACGAUGGCCAGCGAGAGCGCCGAAGAGAUGACCGCGCCUACAGCGGCCGCCUUCAGAGACAAAAGGUACGAAUCUCACGGACACGCAUUCUUGAGUCAGCUAUGAAGGUUCUCGAGCUGUACGGUUCAUCGCCAAGUGUCCUGGAAAUCGAAUACUUUGAGGAAGUUGGAACCGGGUUGGGACCUACACUUGAGUUCUAUUCCACGGUUUCCAAAGAGUUUGCUAAGCGCAAGCUAAAGCUAUGGAGGGACUCGGAUGCUAGCGGUGAUGGAGAAUACGUUGACAAUAAAUUGGGGCUUUUCCCAGCGCCGAUGAGUCAAGAGCAGGUUACACAGGAAGCAGGAAAGAAGCAGCUACAGUACUUCAAAGCGCUAGGCAAAUUUGUCGCUCGCUCCAUGCUUGACUCGCGUAUUAUUGACAUUGGAUUCAACCCCUUAUUCUUCAGUGUUGGCCGAGGCGCAUACACCAAGAAGCCCCCAUCCAUUGGUUCCGUGAAGCGAGUAGAUGCAGAGCUUGCGAAUUCUUUGAAGUUUUUGAAGAAGUUUGCCGACAAGGCAGCUGCUAUUAAAGCGGACGCUUCUCUAUCGGCAGCGGAAGCCGCUUGUGCAAUGGAACAAUGUGAAAUCGAUGACACGAAACUCGCAGACCUCGGCCUUGAUUUCACAUUGCCUGGAUACCCACACAUUAAACUGAUACCUAAUGGCCAGAACACGCCUAUUACUAUGUCAAAUGUCGGGCUAUACAUUGAGAGAGUCAUCGAUAUGACCCUUGGAACUGGGAUAAAGGCACAGCUUGACGCAUUUGCCGCUGGAUUUUCUCAAGUAUUCUUAUAUUCAUCAUUAAAGACCUUUACACCCGAUGAACUGGUGAUGCUUUUUGGCCAGGUUGAUGAAGAUUGGUCUAUCGAAAAAGAUUUGUCUAGGCUAUUUACUGACUUUACCUUACCAGCCCUCAUGGAUUCUAUCAAGGCCGACCAUGGAUUUAACAUGGAUAGCAGAAGUGUUCGAAACUUGCUCGCAACCUUGAGCGAGUUCAACCUCCAACAGCGUCGCGACUUUUUGCAGUUCGUCACUGGAAGUCCCAAGCUCCCGAUCGGUGGCUUCAAAGGUCUCACACCAAUGUUUACCGUGGUCUGUCGGCCAAGUGAACCACCAUACACCCCUGAUGACUAUCUCCCCAGUGUCAUGACCUGCGUGAACUACUUGAAGUUGCCAGACUACUCCUCUGCCGAAGUUCUCCUCAACAAACUCAGCAUCGCAAUGCGUGAAGGACAAGGCGCAUUCCACCUCUCUUAA